GUUCUUUAUCAAGCUGCAGCAGCAAACGACGGGCAAGCUAACGACAGUCGCCAGCCCAAGACCCUACACGACGACUGAAGUCCGGCUCCCAGACACACGCGCUCUCUUCCGGCCAAGGCGCGGAGGGCCCGCCCACUUCCGCACUCCUGGCCACGCCCCGGAGGCGCGCCUCGCCCUAGCCAAUGGCCAGCUUCCCUGGGAACGUUACCUUCAGCUAAUCAGAGGCUGCGAGCGGAGUCCUCGCGAGAGGUGAGGCUGAAGCUGCCUCCGCCAUCUUGAAGAUGGGAGACGAGCGACAGCUGUGGUCUUUCUGCUAAAGCAAACACCGCAACGGACAGGGCCGUCCCCCCACACACACCCCCACGGUGAGGUCCUCGCCCCCAUAACUGCUGACCCAAGCCGCCGAGAGCGGCGAGCGUAUCGAAGCGGAGCGCGGCGACACCGGCGGCACCUUCACCUGCCUCCCGGGCGGACGGGGAGGCUGGAGGGCCAGAAGGAUGGUGCAGUCCUGCUCCGCCUACGGCUGCAAGAACCGCUACGACAAGGACAAGCCCGUCUCCUUCCACAAGUUCCCUCUCACCCGUCCCAGUCUCUGUAAGCAGUGGGAGGCAGCGGUUAAAAGGAAGAACUUCAAGCCCACCAAGUACAGCAGCAUCUGCUCUGAGCACUUUACUCCAGACUGCUUCAAGAGAGAGUGCAACAACAAGCUCCUGAAGGAGAACGCCGUGCCCACCAUAUUCCUCUACAUCGAGCCCCAUGACAAGAAGGAAGAUCUGGAGUCCCAGGAACAGCUUCCCUCUCCUUCGCCCCCCACUUCCCAGGUGGAUGCUGCUAUUGGCUUGCUAAUGCCUCCUCUGCAGACCCCUGAGAACCUCUCAGUUUUCUGUGACCACAAUUACACUGUGGAAGACACAAUGCACCAGAGGAAGAGGAUCCUUCAGCUGGAGCAGCAGGUUGAAAAGCUCAGGAAGAAACUUAAGACUGCCCAGCAGCGGUGCCGAAGGCAGGAGAGACAGCUGGAAAAGCUCAAGGAAGUUGUACAUUUUCAGAGAGAGAAAGACGACGCAUCAGAGAGGGGUUAUGUGAUUCUACCCAAUGACUACUUUGAAAUUGUUGAAGUUCCAGCAUGAAAAAAUGAGCUAUUAGUGGACAAGACUAUAGGCCUUCUUUUAGCCUACAUACGGGAGUUCAUUUGAAAAAUAACAAUUACUUGUAUUAAAAAACAAUAUUUUUUUAAAAUAAAUUAGAUAUAUACUGUAAAAUUGUAAUUUUUUUUUUGUUUGUAAUUUCAGAGUUUCUACAUUUUAACAAAAUAUUUAAAAAAAAAAAUCCUUAAACCACCAAUAUAAUGUUGUAUAUUGGUUUCAAGAUGGUGGAUUGUUUUUCAUUUGAGUAUUUAUAGAAAUAAUGUAAAAAUUAAAAAUAGAGAGGGUAAUGGUAUGGUAAAAAUGAUUUAAGUUUAAAAAUUAAUGACCUUUAUUGAGAUAACUUAUCAUUUAAAUCAGAAGUAUAAGUGAGAGGAUAACACAUACCCUUUCAGAAUAUAGAGGUGUACAUACACACAUUUUGUAUUUAUAGUCAGAGCUUCAUUUAUUUUUCUCAAUCAUUUAUCAAAAAUGAACUGUCAAGCCAAUAUUUGAGGAAAACAAUAUUUUGCUGUCUUCAGAAAAAUCAUUCCAUAGUUAAUAAUUUCAUAAAGAGCAGAGUAAGUCCUUUUUGUCCCUAGCUUUAUGAAAUUGGAAGUUUUGUCUUGGGGAAUGGCAGGCCUCCAAGUGAGGUAUUGGCAUCAGCGAAGUGAGAACUGGGGACUGGGCUGGAGAGAUGUUUCAGUGGGCGAAGGUGCAUGCACGCCUGGCUACCUGGGACCCAUGUAAAGGUGGAAGGAGAGAUUCGCUCCAGAGUUGCCUUCAGGCCCCCACGUGUGCUGUGGCACCUUUCUAAAGAAAGAAACACUGGGACCUGGCUCGUGAUGUGCUCUGAUGUAGCUAAAGGUUCCUCAUUCCAUAGCUGUAGUUGAAUCUGCAUCCAGACCUCUGACAUAUUAUUUUAGUAGAGCUUGGUUUGUACUAUAAUAUGGUACUUUUGCCCUUAAAGUAUUUGGUAAUUUUGCCCUUAACUGUUUGAUUUUGGUCAAGACAUUGCAUAGAAAAUAUUUUUUUUUCACUCUUAAGUUAGAAAUUAUAUCCAAUUUACUUCAAGUGACUUAUGUUCAAUAGUAAUGUGUUGUGUUUAUGUCACCGUUGAGACUUAACUAUUGCAGUUUCUGUUCACACUGGAUUGUGUUCUAACUGUGAGAAAAGCUUACAUAUAUUUAAAAUGAAAAUAUGUUCUGAGUAAAGAAGUGCUGAUAAAAAUUCUCUAGGUUUAGAAGAACCUUAUUUUAUAUUUCAGAGUACACUGUAGUCGAAGAGUAGCGGCCCUUUCAAGACAGUAUUAAAGAUAUGUUAUUCCAGUA